GCGGGCGGCUCUUGCUCCAGGCCCGAGUUUCCUCCCCGCUCUGUGGGGAGGUGUUUCCUCCCCGUGCGGUUGACUCAGCCUUAGGUCUCCUGCUGAGGCUGCUGCUGGGUAGCUUUGCAAACACAAGCAGGGCUGGGGGGGUCGGAAGAGAGCAAACUUCUGCUCCUCCAGAGGCGGCUCAGGGCCCGCGGGGAGGUGUCUGCGAGGACCCCGCUUACCCUGCUGCCUUCCUUUCCCUCCGCGCAGGCACCCACCUGCACAGGCCGUCGGGAUGGAGGGUGACCGCCUUGCGGGCCCACGGAGCAACGUGGCUCAGUGCUGAGGGCUGCCGCCUGCUCUCCCGCCCUGCAGCGGGCACGCUGCACUGCCGUGGCAGGAUGGCUCUAGCUCACGGCUGCCCGUCGUCCCCCUGGUUCUGCGGUGGGGAGGGGCCGGGUGAAGGCACCUGGGACCGGGCUGGCCUCGGUGCUUGUUCCUGGCCUUGCUGUGCAUCGGGAGGACCUUGGGAGGCGCUGCUCUGCCCCGGACAGACUGGUCUGCUCCCUGGGCACCACCCGCUGCAGCCCACCAUGGCCCAGGACAUAGACACUGAUGCGCUGCUGGACCUCAGCUUCCUGACGGAGGAGGAGCAGGAGGCCAUCGUGGAGGUGCUGAGGAGGGACUCGCGGCUCCGGGUGCAGGAGGAGGGACGCAUCAGCAAACUGCGGGAGUCCGUUUCUGAUCCCAACCAGCUGAAGAUCCUGACCGGGGCCUGGUUCUGCGACGUCCGUGCCAAGCGGCACCGGCACAAUCACUUUGGGUCUGAUAUCGUUCGGGCCUCCAUCCGCAGGAAGAAGAAACCCAAAGGUGAGUGGGAGCAGAAGCGCAGCGCCAGCGCGGGGGACCUGGAGGCGAUCAGUGAGCCGGUAUCCGAGGGGGAGGGCCCAUUGGAGGUGCCAGAUGCCGACAGGCUUUGCCAAGAGGCUGUUCCUCAGCUACCCCCGCCCAGCGAGACUCAGGACACAAGCCAGUCUAGUGAGCAGGCACCUGAGAGCAAGCCAGAGAGCACCAACCCAUCAAGUGGAGAGGAAGAAGAGAUGGCUGCUGAUCCAUCCCCAGCCCUGGUGCUCACAGGACAGGUAAGAAGGUGCUUGGGGUUGGCUUGGGCAUUUUAUGUCCUGACCCAGACAAACCCCUAUCCAGAAACCCUCGCCCCCCAACCCGCCUCCACGUCACGACAGGGCCAGUCCUGGCCGGAGUCUCCCCUCUGCACAUUCUCCCCAUCUCACACCUGGGAAAAACCCCAGGAGUCCUACCGCCCCUUGCCCUGGCUGACUGGGGCGGAGUGGCUGACACUACACAGGGCAGCCAGGCCACUGAAAAGGGCUCUGAACCCCUUAUUUUACAGCCAGCUCCCAUCUCUCUCCCACCCCCCUGCCCGUCCCUGCCUGCAGCUGAGCGGCAGCAUGAUGAGCCUGUACAGCGACAGCGACGUGGGGCAGGUGGAGGUGCAGGGCUGCAUCCAGUUCUCCCUGCAGUACGAGGCCAGGAAGAAGGAGCUGCAGAUCCAGGUCAUCCAGUGCCGGGACCUGGCUGCGGCCAAGAAGCAGAGAUCGGACCCGUACGUCAAGAGCUACCUCCUGCCCGACAAGUCCAACCACAGCAAGCGCAAAACGGCUGUCAAAAAGCGGAGCCUGGACCCCGUCUUCAACGAGGCACUCAAGUACAAGAUCGAGAAGGUGGAUCUCCAGGGCCGGAUCCUGAACCUGUCGGUCUGGCACCACGACUCCUUGGGACGUAACCUCUUCAUGGGGGAGGUGGAGCUGGCAGGCAGCACCUGGGACUGGAGCAACACAGGCCCAGCAUGGUUCAACCUGCAGCCCAGGGUGAGGCGCUCUGUGCUGUCCCCCCCCCCAUGGGGGGUACUUCUGCCCCGCUCCCUCCAAGCGCCCCCUGUCUCUCUUCCAGGGGAUGGGCUCCCUCCCACAGGGGAGCUGCACAUCUGGGUGAAGGCAGCUCAGAGCCUCAUUCCCAUCCGGAGCGGCACCAUGGAUUCCUUCAUUCAAUGCUACGUGCUGCCCGACGACAGCAAGACGAGCUGCCAGAAGACGCGGGUGGUGAAGCGGAGCCUGAGCCCCGUGUUCAACCACACCAUGGUGUACGACGGCUUCCAGGCCAAGGACCUGCGCGAGGCCUGCGCCGAGUUCACCCUCUGGGAGCACGAGACCUUCGCCAAGCAGCAGCUAGGCGGCAUCCGGCUCAGCCUGGGCACAGGAAGCAGCUACAGGCUCCCAGUGGUCUGGGAGCGCCUGCUGGACCAGCCCCUGCAGUGGGUGGAGGCCCUGCUGCCCUUGCGGACGAACCUCACUCCUCGGACUUAGCACACGCACCCCCUCCCCCGGCGCUGGCUGAACUCGGGCCCUGGAGACUGUGAGCCCACUGGUCCAUGGGGCAGCUGCCGAACUGCUGGGCCUGGGCGGAUUGCUGCCUGGAGGGGAACGGAGCCGCUGGGCCAGGCCUCGGCCUGAGAGACUGUACAGAAAAUAAACCCCGGGCGCGAGUGGCCGGGCUGGGGGAGAGUCGUGCUGAUGGGGCUG